AUAUGAUAUCUGCUUGGCAUUUGUUUUUCUGGGAGCAAGAAUGGGAGCAGCACCAUCCACACACUUUUACUGAUGAGGUCUAAAGGUGAAUGUACAUUCCUCAGGACAAGAGCUGAUGAGAUUCACUGCUCAGAAGGAUGACAGGGUAAAGAAGAUUAAUGAACAGAUUAGUUCUAAAAUCAAGGUUCCUGCAGAAAACCAGAUGCUCCUCUUGGGCUCCAAGGCCCUAGACCCUGAAAAAAAGUUGUCCCACUACUGGUUCGACCCUAGUACAACUAUGCACCUCACCCUGAAAGUGGUGAAACCAAGUGAUGAAGAGCUGGAGGCAUUUCUGAUGGAGGCAGAUGAAGGAAAGAAGCACCCAUUUUCUAUCCGACGGUCCAGCUCAGUGGCUCAGGUGAAGGAGAUCAUUAAAGGCAUAACAUCAGGGCUCCUCAAGGACCAGACUGUGUACUGCAAUGGCAAGAGGCUAGAGGAUGGGAAGACCAUGUCUGAUUACUUGAUCCUGAAUAUUAACAUUUUCUUCUUGUGCAAGAAGUGCAUAGGGGGCUAAUCAGGGAGAAGGGAGCCUGGAGUCAGGAGGAAAUACAACUCAAAAUCUUACAACUAAUUCCUGCUUAUGCUGAACAUGAUCCUUUCAUAUCUUGCAACAAAAAUUCAGAAGGAAGUAGACAAAGUAGAGAAGGAAGAGGAAUAGUGGUGGUAGUGUAGUGGAGUAGUAAAGACCAAGUAGAAAAAGAGAUGGCUGGAGGAAAAGUAACUAAGGAAUUCAUUUCAAGCUUAAUAAUUCUAUAGCAGUCUAUUUCUAGUGUGAUGUUUAAAUAAAAUCCUUUAAAUGCUU